AUGGACUCUCAAAUUAAGCUUCGUGGACAACGCAUUGAGCUCGUAGAGAUCGAACUGCAGCUCAUCAAAGCUCUUCCCCAGGACACCUACUCUGUGAUGCCUUUCAAUGGUAAUGGAAAGACUGAUCGCAAACGCCUGAAUGCAAGGGCAUCGGAAUUCUCCAUGCAAUUAUUCUCGAAGUAUGGUUCAAUGCCUGUGGAUCAUCAGCCGCCCACAACCCCGACAGAAAAAGAAAUGCAGAGAAUUUGGAGUCAGGUGCUUAAGUUGAAGAGAAGUUGUAUUGGAAUUAAUGACAAACUUUUCCGUCUUGGUGGAGACUCAAUCACGGCUAUGCGGUUGGUGGCUAUGUUCCGCGACAAUGGUUUCAGAAUCUCUGUGGACGAGAUUUUUAAGCACCCGACAAUCUGUGAGCUUUCAGCGGUUGCAAGAAACAUAGCGCCAGAGGCUGCUCAGGAGACCAGAUUGCCUUUAUCUUUACUACCAAAUCACUUUCUCGUCGACGAAAUUCGACGAGAGGCAGCUGAGGAGUGUGGUGUUCUCUUGGAUAGCGUCGAAAAUAUUUACCCUUGUACUCCUUUUCAGGAAAGCUUGAUGACACUUUCCAUCAAACAGAAAGGAGCUUAUAUGGUUCAGCUUACUUAUCGAAUUCCAGAGUCAGUCGAUCUUGGGCAGCUCGAGAUGGCAUGGCGAAAUCUGCAUGCGCAUCACGACAUUCUCCGGACCCGGAUUAUUCAGAUAUUAGUUGAUUCGAUAUUUGCUCUCAUACACAACAACGCCAAUUCCAUAUGCCUAGUAUGGACGAUAUCUCAUGCCUUGUAUGACGGCAUCAUAUUGCCAUUGAUGUUCGAGAAUUUGGAGGAGUAUUAUAUAGGGCAAGUUCCAACGCGGACCGCACAAUUCCAACGUUUCAUCAAAAGUAUGUUAGACGUGGACCACGAGAGGGCCGAAGUCUAUUGGGUAUCGCAGUUACUGGUUGCUUCUGCGAAAGAAUUCUGCAAAAGGCCAACUCCUGAUUACGCACCCAUAUCCCAUCACAAGCUCAAGAAAUCCAUCAUCUUUACAAAGGAAAACGGUCUUAGAGUCACGAAGGCGAUCAUAGCAACUGUACCUGUGCGGAUGAAACACGAGGAUCAUGAUUUUUUGAUCGACUAUCUCGGGAGAGCUCAACAGCAAUCUGCCCAGAUGACCACGUAUGAGCAUUACGGUCUUCGAAGAAUUCGAGAGUGUUGCGGGGAGGCAAAAACUGCUUUGGAAUUCCAAACUUUCUUGAUUGUUGAUGGGAAGCCAGAUAGACGUUUCAUGCAGAGUCGUAUUGGGCUUGAGUAUUGUCCUAGUGACCAGAUAGACUUUUAUUCUUAUCCUGUAAAUGUUGAAAUCUUUCUGCAGGACAGUGGUGCCGAUGUGGAGAUCCAUUUCGAUGGUACUAUGAUUGCGCCCUGGCAAAUCACUCGGAUUGUCAGUCAGCUCGAGUUCGUCAUUCAGCAAUUGUGCCGAGCGGAUGUAACCAGUAGAAUUCGGGAUAUCGAGUAUGUCAGCGCGGCGGAUUUUAAAGAGCUUUACAAAUGGAAUUCAGAGGUCGGACCAGCUAUUAUGGAGACAUUGCAUGGCCUGGUCGAUGAAGCUGCUCAGCGAAACCCUCAGGGCAGGCUAUAG